AUGGAAACAGCAUUGAGUAGAAGUACUCAUGAUAGAGAUGAUGCCACAGUAUCAAUGCUCUUUGAGGCCUCAGUGGAAGGAUCUGUAGUGACCUUGAACUCCUUAUUCCAAGAAGACCCUUUAAUUAUGACAAGAAUUUCACUCACCACUUCCACUAAAUCUCCUUUGCACAAUUCAGCUGCGCUCAACCACCUGGAUUUCACUAAACAACUUCUGAAGCUGAAACCGCAGCUUGCUUCGGAGCUGGACUCCUUCAAACGCUCGCCUCUUCACUUGGCUGCGGCCGAGGGGCACAUGGAGAUAGUCCGAGCCUUGCUACACGAAAAUAAAGAUGUUUGCUUUGUUAAAGACAAAUAUGGAAAAAUCCCUCUCCACUAUGCCGCCAUGAGAGGCCGCGUCGACGUAAUUCGACUUCUGAUUGAUGCCCAAAGUGAGUCGGUCUUUGAGGUGCUUCCAAGUGGAGAAACAGCUCUACAUCUAUGCGUUCAGCAUAACCAUUUGGAGGCUCUCAAACUGUUGGUGGAAGCAGUGGGUCGUCACAACGCCGAGUUCCUCAACGCCAAAGACCGAGAAACUCAGAACACUGUUUUGCAUUUAGCAGUUAUGCUGAACCAAGUUGAGGACAUUCAUGGAGAGUUCUUAAAGAAUUUCUUUUAG